AUGAGUCAAUGUCAGGAUAUUUCCGUGCCUGUGACAGAGGCAGGACCCCCGAAGCCUUCCUCUGCUUUCAGGCACCGGAUGCUCGAGCGCCCGUCUGCAAGAUGGGCGCCACAGAUUACCCAGAAGCUGUCUACAUGCCCUUCAUGCACACUGCAAGCCUUCUCCCUCAGGAUCCGAGGGGACAUGAACCCUAGGCAGACAAGGGCCGGUAUCGUGGGUUCUCGUCCGAUGACUGGAUGUCAUCGUACCUGGAUUACCGUGGUGGUUUAUUGCAAUAGGAGGUCCGCCUGCUUGGUCUUCUUUCAUAGGAGGCGCCCAAAAGGGGGACGACGUCCGAUGGAUGAGACAGAAACUUCAAAAAGGGACCAGCGCGGCCUGUCCUUUCGUAAACGGUCCUGUUGCAAUGCAAUCAUCUCACACAUCACAUCUCAACUCGUUCUUGCUCGCUUUCUCACGUAUUGCGAACCACCCCAGUUUCCCCAUUCAACUCAAACCAAGACCAUGGCACGUACUUCAAUCUUCCGCGUUAGCUCUGCCUUGAACGCUAUACUCCUCACCUGCAUCAUCCUCAAGCAUGUUGCGUUGGGCGUCGCGCGUUCUACAAUGCGCAAUGCUUGCUUGGUCGUUCUUAUGCCCUUCAUGUUCUUCCACAUUGCCAUCAUCGAAGGCUGA